UAAAAAAACGAGAAACCCAAAACGCAUAAUGCAUCUUCUCCGCCGCAGAAACAAGCAGAAAGAAAACACGCAGAAACAAAAUAACCCUUUCUCCUUCUCCGCCGCACCGCAUCUUCUUCUCCGCCGCACCGCAUCUUCUUCUCCGCAGAAACAAAACACGCAGAAAGAAAAACACGCAGAAAGCAAAAUCGCGAUGCAUCUUCUUCUCCGCCGCACCGCCGAACCGAAUUUCUCUUCUUCCUCAUCAAUAUUUCCAUAACCCAGAAACACAAUUUCUCCAAAUUCAUAUAUAAAUUCAUGUCUUCCCUUCAUUCUCUUCCAAACCCAGAACCACAAUUUCUCCAAUCCAAGUGAAACACAGAAAAUACAGUAUGGAUGCUAUGGAUAUAAAUGCGGAUCUUGAAGAUUUAGAUAAUAAUCUGUCAACUCUUUGGAAUAUUUUUGAAAAAAUCGGCAAAGAUCAAAGUGGCGUCGAAAAGGCGAUAUGCAUUUAUUGUUAUACUGAAUUUUCCAUCGGAAAAAAUCCUAUUUCAGGUCAGAAUUAUGGAACUUCACAUCUAACUCGCCAUGUUUUUAUUUGUAAAAAUUUCAAGUUGAAUCUUCUUAGUCUAGAAAAACCCCCACUUCCAUUCAACCAAAAAAUUCAUCGUGAUUUGCUUGCGGAAGCCAUUAUCGCACAUGAUCUUCCUUUUAGCUUUGUUGAGUAUGAAAAAAUCCGUGCUUGGGUGGAGUACUUGAAUCCUUCUGCUGAAAUGGUGUCUAGGAAUACUAUUGUGUCGGAUAUUGAAAAAAUAUACGACAAAGAGAGGAUCAAACUUAAGGGAAUCAUGGAUAGGAUUCCAAAUAGAAUUUGUCUAACUUCAGAUGUUUGGACAGCUACUACUAGUGAGGGUUAUAUUUGUUUAACCGCACAUUUUGUUGAUGAUAAUUGGAAAUUAAUCAGUCGUGUUCUUAAUUUUUGUCGAAUGAAACCCCCCCACACCGGUGUUGCAUUGGAAGCCGCGUUGUUUGAUUGCUUAAAGCAAUGGGGAAUAGAUAAGAAAAUAUUUUCUAUUACCUUGGAUAAUGCAUCUAGUAAUGACAACAUGCAAGAUCAUCUGAAAAAGCAUCUCCGCAUGCAAGGUAAUUUGAUGGGUAAUGGUGAAUUUUUUCAUAUCAGAUGUUCAGCUCACAUACUCAAUUUAAUUGUCCAAGAGGGUUUAAAAGUGGCAAGUGAAGCACUACAUAAAAUUAGAGAGAGUGUAAAGUAUAUUAAAGGAUCUGAUGGAAGGAUUGUAAAAUUUGAAGAUUGUGUCAAUGAUGCAGGGUUAAACGUUAGUAGUGGUUUAAGAUUAGAUGUGUCGACACGAUGGAAUAACACAUAUUUUAUGCUUGAAAGUGCCUUGCAAUAUAGGAAAGCUUUUCAAUAUUUUCAAUUGGCAGACAGAAAUUAUAGACAUUGUCCAUCUGAUGAAGAAUGUGAUAGGGGGGAAAGAAUUUGUCAGUUCUUGGAACCGUUUUAUGAUAUCACAAAUUUGAUUUCGGGUUCAUCUUAUCCAACUUCAAACUUAUAUUUCAUGCAAGUGUGGAAAGUUCAGUGCAUUUUAGAAAAAAAUCAAAAUAGUGUUGAUGGUGUUAUAAAGGACAUGUCUAAGUUGAUGAAAGAAAAAUUUGACAAGUACUGGAAAGAUUAUAGUGAAAUACUUGCGUUUGGAGCUAUUCUUGACCCACGUUUGAAGGAAAAUUUUUUAAGGUUUUGCUACACCAGACUUGAUGCUUCAACAUCUCAAGCUAAGCUUAAGAAAGUGAUGGAUAAAUUUAAAGUGCUUUAUGAAGAAUAUGUGAGCUAUUUUGCUAAUGAAAGUGUUUCCCUUUCUCAAUCUUCCUAUUUUGCAAAGAAUUGGAGAGCUUUUCAUAAAAUUUACUGGAAACCUUUUUUGCCAUCCCAAGAAGAACCACUACUUUCUUCAAGUUUCGUAUGA